UACAACACAGUGCAUGGUUGACUAAACGAAAAAUGGCUAACGCCAAAAAAUUCAGCAAAUUUUUUUGUUUGUGGAAUAAAAAAUUUUUCAAUUUAAAUUAAACCCUUAUAAAAUGCUUAAAUUUUUAUAAAUUUGCAAUAAAAAUAUUCUUUAAACAAUUCUCCAUCGAAUAAUAUAAAGAUUUUAUGAAGGAAAAUAAAGAAAUAUUGGAAAAAAGUGUUUGAAAGUUGAAGCCUGCAAAUUUGCCCAAAGUUCGCGUGUAUGUAAGAAAUACGGAAGAAAAAAAAGUGUGCUUUGCCAAAUUCUCAUAAAAGAAUAGAAAAAACACGCUAAGAAAUUAAAAGUAUAAUACGCAAAAAAUAAAUUAACAUCAAAAGAAAGAAUUAUUUUAAAAAUAUUUUUCGAAAAGCAAAUAACAAUUAUCGAAGAAUUGUUGUGAAAUUCAUUUCAAGUGCAAGAAAAUUGUGAAAAAUUCUGGCUACGAUUGAAUAAGAGGGUGUCUCCUCUAACGUAGAGCGCGCUCGGUUGUCCGUGGUCUUGUUUUUUGUUUUUGCUUCGUUGAGACUCCGCUGGGCGAGACACAUAGACUUUCGGGCUCGUCGACGCGCACUCGUUUCAUGUUGGUGGUUCAAUUUAGUUGGUCUGCAAACGUCAGUGUGUGCGGAUUUAAAGGCUGUUGUUGUCUUGUAUACCGUGCCUGCUGCUUGUUCUGAUACAUAAGACUUCACUCAGCCAGCAGUUGUCUCUCAGACACGCGGACGGACACCGAAACCAGAAAUUUAUUAACAAAACAAUUAAACCAACGUGUUAAUGUUACCUUUAAAGGCUAUAAAACAACCAACAUUAAAUGGCGCUCGGAUAACAAAACAACAUCGAAAAAUAUAUUUCGUGAAGUAAAGAGGAAAAAACUCCUUAAUGUAAAAAAAAGAAAAUUUGCUUAAAGUUGAAACCCCAAACAAAUUAUGGAAACUAUUAAUCAACCACCAGAAACAGAAACAAUAAAUGUUACAAGCAUUCUGGACUCUAAUGUCAUCACCCAAGAUUCACUUCAAACUACCGAAGAUAUUAAUAAUGUGAAACAACAUGUUAGUGAAAAUGAAGAUUUACAGGAUGAAACAACAACAAUUACAACAACAACAUCAAAAACAACAACAACAACAGAACAAAAUAAGAGUAAAACCACAAAUAUUAAAUUACAACUUGUGGACAAAAUAUACGAUAGUGAUGAUGACGACGAUGAAUCUAUGGACGAUGACGAAGAACCUAUGGACAUAAGUAGCGCUGAUGAUGGUAAUGGUAUAAAUGAAAGCCAAAAGAUUCAUAAUGACAGUGAAGCACAACAGGUGGAAGCAGCUGCUCAACCGCAAACGCAACCACAACCAGAAAAUGUGGAAGAUAAAAAAUAUAAUAACGUAGCAGAUAAUGAUGAUGACGAAAUAAUUUCAAAUGAAACUAAAAAGUAUAAAUAUGAACAAUCUAAAGAAACCGAAGAAGAUGAAUUAUUGAAAUCGGAUAAUGAAGACGAUCAUGUUGAUGAGCACAAGGAACAUCCAACAACCGUCUUGGAUAGUAUCUCUAUGGCGCAGGAAGAAGAGUUAUUAAAAAGUGAAGAUGAAGACGAAAAUGACAAAGAAAAAGAAAAAGAGAAAGAUUGUAUACAAACAAAUGAGGUGGAGGUUGAGGCAAGUGAAGAAAAUAAACCACCAGAAGUUUUAAAAACAAAUGAGAAUGAAACAGUACAAGAGGAGGAAGUAAACAUGCAGGAUUUAGAAGAAGUGAACGAAAAAUCGUAUGCAGGUGAAUUUAAUUUAGAAAAACACCAGGUAAUAGAAACAGAGAUCUCAAGUACAGACAUAGUUUGUCUGGAAACGGAAAAUAAUGCGGAAUCAUCUCUCCAAGUAGAAGAACAUCAGCAAAAAUCGGAAAAUACGGUUAUAAAUCUUAACGACGAUGACAGUGAAGCGACAGAUAAAAUUGUAACAAUUGCACAUCAACCUAAAGUUAAGGAAAAUGCAGAAAAUCAUAGAAUUUUAUAUCAAUUUGAUUUAGAUGAUGAUAGCAGCAGCGAAGAUAGUUUUCAUUACAAGAAAUCACCGUCACCAACACAAACUAGCGAUAAUAAAGAAACAAGCGCUGCAGAUGAUGCCUCAACGAGUCAACAGCAAAUUUAUGAAACAGUAACGCAACAAAGCAUUUCCGUAACUACAGACAAUAAAGAUGUCGAUAAUAAUGAAAGUAGAGAGCGAGAUAAAGAAGUUAAUGAAGAUGAAGAAGCAAAACAAACUGAAAUAUUUGCUUUUCCACCUCCUCAAGAAGCUUCUGCUAAAAGUAGUAGAUCAUUUAGUGAUAAUGAAUGUGAAAUCCCAACAUUUAUGUCUCCUCAAAUAAAUUCUGCCAAGAGUGAGGAAUCAUUAAUUGAUACUAAUGCUGUUGGAGAUGAAAUAAGAAAACAAACAGAAAUUUCAUCUUUUCAAUCUCCAAAAACGGCAACUACUGCUAAAAGUGAAGGAUCGUGCAGUGAUGAAGAUAAUUAUACGGAUGAGGAGUCUGAAGCUGAAAAAAAACCUAGUAAAUUUUCGGAUUUAUGGAACUCUGAAAAUCUUAGUCAGAAUGAAAAAGAUUGCAAUGAAAAAACAUUCGUUGAGGAAAAUCCAUUGGAUGAAAAUAAAUUGCUUUCCAUUUGUAGAGACCCUAAGAUGGAACUCAAUGAUGAAAACAAUUCUUUACAAUUGCCUAAAUUGAAUGGCGAUCAUGAUGCUAAAGAAGACCAGUACAAUGAGACGGGGGAUAUGGAAAACUCGAACGAUAGUAACAUCAAUAACAAAGCUGUUACGUGUCGUCGUCUAUCGUUGUCUCCAAAAUCAUUAAUAGACUCAAAUAUUACACCUUCUUCACCCCAACAACAUUCAUCUUUAAUAUUACCUCCAACUGAAGAGUCCCGUAAUGAAAUUCAGGAAGAAGUAGACGAAAUUAACUCAUCUUUUGGAGAACAAGAAAGUGAAACAAAUAAUCAUAAUGACCACAAAACCGAAAUUGAGUCUGAUAAUGAGAGUCAUUUAAAGAUUAAUGAAACUAGCCGAGAUUAUCAUAAUGGGGAUAGUGAAGAUGAUGCUGCCAACAAAUCGGAUGUGUCAUUACCUCCAUCACCACCUGCUAACCAAAACGAGGACGAAGAAGCCAGUCGUUCCUCCUUGGCAUCGUCGGCAUCAUUUUCCACUACCACAUCAUCCUCACAACAGUUAGUUAUUGAUCAUCCUAUGGAUGAUGUUAAAGAAGAAAAAGUUAAACCCUUAAAAAUCACCCUAAAACGAAAAUUAUCAAACCUAAGUGAUGAUGGGGAUUCUAUGGGUCCUAAACAGAAGCAAGUCCAUUUGUAUGUUGAAAAUCAGAUGCCAGAAGAAAUUCAGAAAUCUCAAUCCCACCAUGAAGAACUUAAGGAAGAGUUACAUGAGAUUGCUAAAGAUUUGCAGGUGGAGGAAAACAUGGAAAUUGAAGCAAAUGUGUCGCAAGAAUAUCACGAUCAUACAAUGACAGAAUUCAAACAACCAAGUAGCGAUUUGGCUUUGGAAAUUAAUGAAGAAAAGCCUCUAUUAUUACACCAAGAAGCUGAAACUGCAGACCCAUCAACAUUUAAGUCUUUACUCCUGCAGCAGUUGGAAAAGCCCUUGGCCAUGCCCAAUAUUGCUUCUAAUCGAAAUAUAUCACCACUCACUAUCUCACCUAUUACUUAUGCUGCAGCUCCAUUACCAACACCGCAUCUACACUUACAGCCUUUAGUGGAUAUGCAAACACCAACACCGACACCACCUCCUCCUCCACCUCCUCAAGCAACAGGCGUUACAAAAUACUUGUGUUUUAAAUGUAAAACAGGCAGCUUUGAUACAUUUGCAGCACUAACAGAACACCAGGCCACAUGUUUAGUUUCUCACUCUCUAUUUCCCUUUAAUCAAGCGACAAUUGAAACCACGACAAUGCAGCCACCUGCAUCAACACCUCCACCUCUAAAUAGUCUUCAAAACAAUAAGUCAACAGCUUUAACAACAAAAUCAGCUGAUUUCAUUGAAUUGAAAGAAAUAAUUGCACCUCCAACGCAGCCAACAGUUGCCAGUACAAAAAAACGUUUUUACAAAUGUUCCACCUGCAAUACAUUUCAUGAAAAUUGGAAUUUAUUUUUACACAUACGAGAACAACACAAUCGUCACAUGUGUUUGUAUUGUGUGCGAUUUUUUCCUACCGCUGAAAAGCUGGCACUGCAUUUAGAAAUUAAACAUGAUUUGGAACAAAAUCACUUUAAUUCCGAAGAGGCUCUACGCAAAAGUAUACCAGUGUUGGAGGGUUACGCAUUGGAAACACGUUUCCUUAUGUGUUGCACCUGCCAACAUAUCUUCACGGAAAAUGAACAAUUUUCCCAACACGAUUGCACAGAGUAUAUAAAGCCUUGUUCGCUGUGUGGCCAAAAAGGCAGGCAUACGAAUCAGUGUAAAGCACAUCCGGAUAGUAAGCGUUUCUCCAAGUUGAAGAAGAAAAAGGAAAAACAUACACAGCCCUUGGAAAUCUUGGCUCCGCCGGCGACGGGCCCCAAUGAAAGAACCCAAAAGGAUUUCACUGUUCCACCCAUCACCAUUAGUAAUCAUAAUAUCAAUCCCACCAUUAUUUCUAAUUCCAAUUUGAACUGUGAUAGUGGUCGUGCUGAGAAAAGCCUGCGACCACCAACAACCAUUAACUCUAUGCAUAGUGAAGAUAGCAACAGUAGUAGUAAUAUGGUUAUUGAUGAAUCAUGUAACACUAAACAUAUGCCACCUGCACAUACACAAACACAGCCACAUCCACAAAUAAACACCAACUUCAGUCAUGGGACACAGCCACUAAUAUCAAGUGUACAGUUAGAACCAGAUUUACCACCAGACAGACAAUUCGUGGACGAAGCAAUCCCUGCGCCUUUGCCACCUAUUAAACUAGUUGUACCCAAAUUAAAAUUAUGUGUUCCCAAAGAGUUUCAAAAGUCUGUGGACGAUGCUCUAUCCACUUCAGAUAGUGAGGAGGAAGUCGACGAUGAUGAAGAAGCAGAAGAAGUCCAAGUACAAGAAGAACAAGAGCAAGGGCGAGAAAAUAAGUAUAAUAAUGAAUCCUUAUGCAUGGCAAAACCUAGUGCAACACCAGAAAUGUGUAACACAAUAGAACCUACAGCUACAACAACUCAAAGUUCAUUGCUUGCCGAAUCAACACCGGCCAAUUCUCAAGAUGUAGAAAUCGAACGUAACUCAGCAACAGAAUCCGCCACUGAAGCUGGUAAUUCACAAGACGAUGCUGCCUACGAAAGUGAGAGAGGCAACAACAAGUCCAAAAUUCCCGUUCCAUUACUAGACGACGAUGAUUCCCUGGACGAGCCCAACUCCAAUCUUGUACGCAUCAUGCAAGAAAUCGAACGUACUAAAAUGGACAUUAAACGCACUAAGAAAACGUCACACCGUCACAACAAACCCUUUGCUUUGCCACGUCAGCCAACCAUUUCACAAUCGAGCAAUAGAACCGCUGAUCACAAUUGGUCACCAACACCGCCAGCCUCUCCAAACUCACGUUGGUUUACGCCAAGACGUUCGACCAUAUCGCAAAGUGGAGAAGAACAGUUUCAGAAAACGCCACAGCAUCAACAGUUUCUAUUACCGCCUCCUAGUCCAGUCAAACAGUUGGGUACACCACAGGAGCGACGUGAUACCAUUGGCAGUGAUAUGAUGGAUAUUGAUGAGACUAUUACGUCGCAGCCAACACAAACAAUUUAUUGCAAUCAAUUACGUCCAUUAGACAAAGACAAUUUAAAUACUUCAAGCGAAAGUAUCGAUAUAAAAGGCAAUAAUGAACCCAUGGAGACGAGUCAAAUAACCGACAACGAAACAUCAGUAUCUGACGUUAACAACACUAUGUUGGAAUCCGAACAGUUCCACAGACAACCAGCAUCGCCUGUGUCACAAGAACAACAAGAACCAGAAAAUGUAGAACAUCAAGAACCAGAACAUGUAGAACAACAAGAACCAGAACAUGAAGAACAACAAGAACCAGAACAUGAACAUGAAGAACACGAAAACAAAGACAUUGACAUUGGGGAUGUACAAUCAACAAAACCAAAUACACCAGAGACACCUCAAAAUAUGGAUAUUUCUCUGACGCAGUCUACAGACAAUGAAAACAACGAAAGAGCUAUGAGCAUGAGCCUGAGUGAGCACCAAGAGGAGGAAGGUGAAGAUGAUACUGAAAUCGAUGUGUGUGAUAAUAAAGAUCAGGAGGAAAAUAUUCAAAUAACCGACAAUGAUAAAUCGUUGGAAGUGGAAAAACUACCGCCAGCCGAUGGUAUUGAGGUGGCAAAUGAAGAUACUGUCACCGUUGAUUUGCAGCUGGAUCGACCUUUGGAUAAAUAUGAAAUCAUUGAUUUUGUACGCAUCUGUUUAAAGGCUGCCUAUCCGUUGUGCCUGUAUUGCAACCAUGCCCGACGUAUAGCAGUGAAUGGCAAAAGGUUAGUGUUGCACAUCAUAGGACAUCAUCGUUUUACGGCCACUGUUGAUAGUAUAACGGGCGAAGAGUUAUUGCCCGCCACUAUAGUGACAAAACUAAAAAGCUUCCUACCCGAUCUAGAAGAACACUAUUUCAAUUCGAACAGUUAUUGCACAUACGGAGAUGGAUCGUUUACAAGUCCUUUCAAUGAACGUAUAUUUGAAUGCUUUCAGUGCCGCUUUGUCACAUCCACGCACAAAGAACUGUAUUUGCACAACCGCAAAAUGCAUUUACGCACUGCCAUUUUAUGUUUUAUGUGUCGUGCCAACUUCUUUAGCUUCAGUGAGAUCUUGUGUCACAUUUGUCCCGGAGUACCCAAUAAGGUUUCGGUAUUCGAUGUCAAGUUUCGUUGUUGUCUGUGUGAGUUAGACAAUAUACCGUCACCGUUUCGUCUUAUGGUUCAUUUGCGCAAGAAACAUUUUGCAUGUGAUGUUUGUUUGGAGGACUGUCGCGAUCAGAGUAAACUGUCCUCGCAUGUGUGGAAGCACAAAUUGCAUCACUUGUGUUAUCGCUGUGGCAUUGCGUAUCGCAACAAGUUGGACAUAACAAAGCAUUUGUUUUGGAAGCAUGGCACCGAGAGUACCAUUUGUAAAAGAUGCCUACAAAAGAGAUGGCGACAUGUGUAUCACUUUUGCAUACCACCCACAACAUUUGUAUGCGAAGUGUGUAAUCUAUGUUUCUCCAAAGCCAUGUACUUGAGGGUGCACAAACGAUUACACAGUGGCGACUUGAGGUAUCCCUGUAUAGAGGAUAGUUGUGAGGAGAAAUUCAUAUCUAGGAAACUUUUGCUUAAACACGCCCUGUUACAUCAAAUCUUGCCACCUGAAGAUGUUGCUGAUAAGGAGAAAGAGGCCGAAACAUCUUUAGAGAAUAAGGAAAAUGAGUUCGGUGGAACGAAAGAUACAGUUAGAGAUGAUCUUAAAAUGACAACCGACCUACAAAACAUCAAACAGGAGCUUGUAGAGAUCAAAAAGGAACCUUUAGAUGAAUCUGAAAUGGAGUGUCAGAACCAGUUGAAACAGGAGAAAAGUGAGAUGCCCGACAAGAAAGAAACGGAAAAUGAAAAAGUUAAGAAGUCUGGUGUGGGGAAGGACUCCAAAAAUGGCGAAAUAAAGGAAAAGAAGCAUUCGGUCUUAAAUGAACCACGCAAAAAGCGUAAGAAGAGCAAACGUUCCAAAGAGCUACUCGAAGAUUUGAAUCUAACAGCUCCUAAUCUCUCUGAGUCAGACUCAAGCGAUGAUUCGGAUUCCGAUUCGGACUCGAAAACAAAAAGUGAAAUAGAUGCUAUGCCACGUGUUAUGUUGUCGCCACCAUCGGAAGCUGAAAACGAUGACAAAGAAAAUAAAUCUUCGGAACCUGUAGAACCGGGACAAGUAUUAGAAAUUUGGAAAAACUUCCUAAAAACCCAACAAGGCUCAAGUUCUGUUGAAGAAUUGGAACGUUUAAAAGCCUCUAAUGAGGAGAAUAAGCAGCCAAAGCCCAAACCAGUGCAUGUAGCCUGCUCCGAUCAUGAUUAUUGCAAAAUGGAACCAGAACCACCAGCGCCGCCACCUGCUCCUAAACCAGUAGCUGCUAAUAUAAAAGAUGAUUUUAAAAAGCCUAGCACAGAGGUAAACUCUACACCGGAAACUUCGCCCACGAAAAGGAAACAAAGUAAGUCGCCAAGACGUCGUUUGUCUUCCAAAAGAUCAGACGCUUCAUCAUCCUCCAGCGGUUCGAGCUCUAGCUCUGAUUCCAGCUGCUCUUGUGGUUCAAACUGUUCUUGUUCUUCAUCCGACUCGGAUUCUUCUUCCUCGUCUUCAUCUUCGGAUGAUAGCGACUCAUCUAUGGCAUCCAACAAUUCGGUGCGUAAAAGACAUCGCAAAAAGUCGGAACGUGAUCGCAUGCGUAAACGUAGUGAAAGUAUUUCACCCUUAAAACAACAUAAACUUUCAGUUUCCAUCAGUGAAGUCAUUAAUGUGGAUGACGAUGAAACUGUUAAGGAAACAGAAAAGGUGGAAGAGAGACCUCCUUCUCCUCCCAAAGAACCGCUGUUCUAUGAAAGUGAUUUGGAAACAAAUGAAUCAGACACUGAUGAAGAAUUCUAUGACGAGCAUCCCCAAAAGUUAGCCAACGAAUUGUUGGCACAAAAACGUGCUCAACUUAUGGCGCAAACUAGACUCUCGCCUUCACAUAAUUAUGACAUCGUGGAAAAUAGUCGUCCCUCGACACCCUCACUACCCGAAGAAGUGGCAACAAAUGAAAAACCAAAAAUAAAAGUUAAAAAGAAGAAACGUGAUCGUAAGUCAUCUUGCAAAGGUCAAGGUAUGCACUCAAAUCAUGUUCCAGCACCAGAACAAGCAAUUGCGCCGGCGCAAACUGUUCUUGAGGUUCAUCAGCCAGCAAACGCCAUGAUGCAGGUGGUGCAGCAACAACCACCUCCCCCGCCAACUGCAUCUCUAAUAAAUCCAGUGAUAGAUUCACAGCAUAAUCAGCCAACUAAUUUAUACAUUACUCCUCAAAAUAUUAUGCCACAGACAAUUUAUGCUCCACCGCCGCCAGUGGGUCUUACAGAGCAUACAACUUUAACGCCUCGACCAUUAACGAUGCCUCCCUACGGUAACUCACAUCGAAUGAGCGAAGGUAGCAGCUGUUCUGAUGCGGACGGUUCUCUUAAACGUUCAAAGCGUCAAAGAAGACCCAACAAAUUCUACGGUUACACAAGUGAUGAUGAAAAUCAUAUGAAUGGUCCACCUUUGAUGAUUGGCACAAGGGCGUUUAAGCCUCAACCACCACCUCAGCUAACGUGGUGCAAGGAUGACCUUCCAACUCCAUCAAAAAGUAUACUGAACAAUAAAAACAAGACGCCAAGAACACCAAAAACCCCAGCUACUCCGGGAAGUCCUAUCGUUGGCACUUUUAGCACAUCAACAAGUAAGAAGAAAUCUAAACUUUCACUUACCGGCGGAGAGAAGUCGGCACGCAAAAGACCAGCCAAGAAAAAAGAUGCUAAGAUAGACAAUAAAUUUCCUCCCAUACCAACAUUAAAAAUUAGACCCUCACAGAUCGGCCUAAAUACCACGAUAAAUCACUCCAACACAAAGCCAGGCAACUACAAUACUACCGACGAUACAAGCAGUGAUGACGACACCACAAAGGGACAUGGACAUUUUUCAGCUUCAAGUAGUUUUAAUGCUUCUAUGGCAAAUCAUACAGUGGCUGCUGCUCUACCACCGCCCAUAAUACUACCGUCACAGCCGCCGGCACCACCAACACCACAGACUACUGCCUUCAAUCACAGAAUACCGCCAGCGCUUCUGCCCAAUCCCGACUUUGCCACACUGCAAUACUUCAAAGCCAACAACAUACGCUAUCCCAUACGGCCGCCUGCCGGUGCCAGGCAACCGCGAGAAGGAGAAUCUGUGUAUUGUUAUUGCCGCUGUCCCUACGACGAGGUGUCCGAAAUGAUAGCCUGUGAUGGUGAAAAUUGUCUCAUUGAAUGGUUUCAUUUUGAAUGUGUGGGCAUAAUGGUGGCCCCUCAGGGUAAAUGGUUUUGUGCCGAAUGUCGACCAAAAUACUCGGAGGAAUUAUAUCCCUCUUCAUCAACAGGACAACUAAAUAAUGUCUAGUGUAAAUAUCGAACACCACACUGUUUUUGCUCAUGUUGUUUCAAAACUGUAUAUAUCUUCUACCUCUCUUUCAAACUACUACUACUGUAUCUCUAUCUCUCUCAUUAUCUGAAUGUCUGGCUAACUCUUUAUUAAAUAAUUAUUUAUAAUUAAUUGUUGUUUUUGACACUGUGCGUCAAGUUCGACAAAUAUGGAAAUGGCUCAAUCUUUAUUUGGUUGAUUAAAACUGACAUACAAAAACUGAAUAAAGAAAAACAAAUUUAAAUAUUCUAACACUAAUAAAAGAAACGCCAAAAUACGCUUAUUAUAUGAUAAAAUUAUUUACUAAAUAGACUCUGGUUUUUAGCUUAAUUUUUUUUAUUUUAUUUUUUUUUCUUUAAUAUUAGAACUCAAACAAACAAAAGGAAACAAAUAUAAUAAUAAUACCUUUUUAAUACAUUUUUGAACUUAUGAGAAUUAUUACGAAAUUGGAAUACAAUAUUUAAUAACAUUUAUUAAGAAAUCAAUUAAAUGCUGUUUAUAAUUAAAAAAAUAAAAAGAAAAAUAAUACUUGAACUCUGGGAAUAUAAUUUAUGUUCAUGUUUAACUUCUUUUAACUUCUAUCUCUUAAUUUAACUUUAUAAUUGAAAAACAAACAACAACAAAACUAAAACAUAAAAUAGAGUAAAUAUUAAAAUACAAUACAUACAUACAUAUAUUAAUUAUUUAAUUAAGCUACAUUAAAAUCAAUCUAUAUUUAAUGAUAUAUAAAAAGCAAAUAAGUUUUAUGUAAAUAUUAUAAAUAUUUAUUUCUAGUUGCAAACAAAAUCGAAAUAACAUAACAUUAGGUAAUUACAUUCAAUGUAAUUAUUUGUUAAAGCAGUUAUGUCUAUUCCCUACCCUACCUACUGUUGGUAUAUGAAACUUAUUCAUUUUAAUUUAAACACUUGUAAAUUUUCUAUUAAUUUAGUUUAUUAUUUCUUCUUUCUGCCUUUUGUGUAAACAUAUUGUAAAUUUCUUAUUUUUUUAUUUUUUUUGAACAUAUUUCUGUAGCACUUUAAUGAUUAAUUACAAACAACAAUUACGUAUCAUGAUAUUUCACUUACGUAAGUUAUCUGUGUAUAUUAUAUAAUAUGGAAGAAAAUAUAAUAUUAAAAUACUUUAAAUUUAACUUUAUUAUUAAACUAAUUCUAUUAAAAGAUUCAUUUAAAAUACAUACAAUACAUAUAUAUACAAAAUACAAAUAAAAUUAUCUUGCAAAAUAAAUAAAAAGGAAAUAUUAAAGAUUUGCAAAUAUUUUGCAUAACUCUUUAAAACUCUAUAUAUUAUAAAAUGAAACAAA